GUACCCUCCUCCCGUCCUCCCCAAACACACACACACCUCCUUUUAAGUCUUUCUUCAGCAGCUGGUAGUGAGUGGUCUUUCCUUUGUUUACAGUGCUUACUGCUAACCUAACCAUGGGAUCGGACUGAACAUACUUGGGGCCGCAUUUAUGAACUGUGACCCCUGCCUGACCUGUGACAAGUCACAUCAUCCUCAGAGAGUGGCACCAGCAUGGCAGGGCUGGCGUUGGAGUGGAGGGGCUGACGUCAUGCUCUCACCAUCCUGACAAAUCCCUCAGUACUAGAACGAGAGAGGGAGGAAAAGCCUUAGAGGGAGACAGACAGCCCUUGACAGUGGAACGAGAGAGAGAGAGAGAGAGAGGAUAGAGAAGAAGGGAAAAAGAAGAGAGGAGAGGGAUUAAGCCUCAUCAAAAGAAACAACAGUUCUCUUUUACAAUACAUCUCAUUGACUUACCAUGCCAGUAAAGCUCAUUGAAUGGAACUGAGACUACAAAAGUCACAUCAGUCUUUUCAACCACUCUCCUCUUUCCUGGUUGUUGUUCUAGGCCCAAAUUACAAUAUGAUCUCAGUCAACUUACCUGGUAACAUAAGGGUUGGAUAAAUAACAUCAGUCAACUUACCUGGUAACAUAAGGGUUAGAUAAAUAACAUCAGUCAACUUACCUGGUAACAUAAGGGUUGGAUAAAUAACAUCAGUCAACUUACCUGGUAACAUAAGGGUUGGAUAAAUAACAUCAGUCAACUUACCUGGUAACAUAAGGGUUGGAUAAAUAACAUCAGCCAACUUACCUGGUAACAUAAUGGUUAGAUAAAUAACAUCAGUCAACUUACCUGGUAACAUAAGGGUUGGAUAAAUAACAUCAGUCAACUUACCUGGUAACAUAAGGGUUAGAUAAAUAACAUCAGUCAACUUACCUGGUAGCAUAAGGGUUGGAUAAAUAACAUCAGUCAACUUACCUGGUAACAUAAGGGUUGGAUAAAUAACAUCAGUCAACUUACCUGGUAACAUAAGGGUUGGAUAAAUAACAUCAGUCAACUUACCUGGUAACAUAAGGGUUGGAUAAAUAACAUCAGUCAACUUACCUGGUAACAUAAGGGUUGGAUAAAUAACAUCAGUCAACUUACCUGGUAACAUAAGGGUUAGAUAAAUAACAUCAGUCAACUUACCUGGUAACAUAAGGGUUGGAUAAAUAACAUCAGUCAACUUACCUGGUAACAUAAGGGUUGGAUAAAUAACAUCAGUCAACUUACCUGGUAACAUAAGGGUUGGAUAAAUAACAUCAGCCAACUUACCUGGUAACAUAAGGGUUAGAUAAAUAACAUCAGUCAACUUACCUGGUAACAUAAGGGUUGGAUAAAUAACAUCAGUCAACUUACCUGGUAACAUAAGGGUUGGAUAAAUAACAUCAGUCAACUUACCUGGUAACAUAAGGGUUGGAUAAAUAACAUCAGUCAACUUACCUGGUAACAUAAGGGUUGGAUAAAUAACAUCAGUCAACUUACCUGGUAACAUAAGGGUUAGAUAAAUAACAUCAGUCAACUUACCUGGUAACAUAAGGGUUGGAUAAAUAACAUCAGUCAACUUACCUGGUAACAUAAUGGUUAGAUAAAUAACAUCAGUCAACUUACCUGGUAACAUAAGGGUUAGAUAAAUAACAUCAGUCAACUUACCUGGUAACAUAAGGGUUAGAUAAAUAACAUCAGUCAACUUACCUGGUAACAUAAGGGUUGGAUAAAUAACAUUGAAUAACAGAACAAGAGUCAAAACAAUGUUCAGACAGACGGACACCUCGUCCAAGAGACGUCAUGGAGGUCAUGGGGGUCUCACAACCUUACCUUCGCCUCCUCACCCCCACCAGGGUGGGCGUAUCCGGGGGGUGGAGGUGGCCCGGGGGAGGGCAGGGUAUGGGUUCACCCUCUCUGGCCAGGGCCCCUGUGUCCUCAACUGCAUUCUAAAAGGAAGUCCGGCGGACUACGUGGGUCUCCGCUCCGGUGACCACAUCCUGUCCGUGAACGACAUAAACGUCUCCAAGGCUUCGCACGAGGACGUCGUCAAGCUGAUUGGACGAUGCACGGGGGUUCUGCACCUGGUCGUCGCCGAGGGAGACCGGGGAGGCCGUCGUCACGGACACGGUGGUACCAACCGCAACCGUCGCCACGGAAACAAUUCAGGAAGUCCAGCCGGAGGAGCGGCAGCUGCCGCGGACUCGUGCUCCAGCGACGAGGAGUUGUGUGGUUUCCAUAACAGCAGCAGCGGAGGCGGAAACAACAAAAACGUGAAGCCCGGUUCUCGUGGUAACAGUGCCAGCGGUGGUGGUGGUGGAGGAGGAGGAGGAGGGGGUGGUGGUUGGUUCAAGCCCAAGCUGGACUCUAAGACCCUGGGUAUUAACAGGGCAGAGAGGGUGGUGGCGGAGAUGCAGUCUGGAGGAAUAUUUAACAUGAUCUUUGACAACUCUUCACACUCCUCCAGCAGCUCAGAGAAAGACAGGGUCAUCGCUCCUCCUCCUCCUCUCCGUGCCUCCUCUUCCUCGUCUGCGUCGGCCAAGCCUGUGAGGCCCCUGUCAGAGCCAGAGUUCCCCCCAUACCAUAAGGGCCGGGGCCGGUCCCACAGCAACCCGAACCUGCUCUCUGAGGAGGAGAUGGACAGGGUUCUAAUGUCCGACGACUCAGUGUUCCUGGACGGGUUCCAUCUGCAGGAGACAGAGCUCCAGGUGGAGGUGGAAGGGGAGGACUUCUGCCUGGAGCCCAGUGAGGGUAUCCUGAACGUGGGUAUGAUGGUAGGGUACCUGGGCUCCAUAGAGCUGGCCUCUACAGGAGCUAGUCUGGAGAGUGACAGUCUGCAGGCCAUCAGAGGAAGCAUGAGACGACUCAGGGCUGAACAGAAGAUACACUCCCUGGUCCUCAUGAAGGUGAUGCACGAUUGUGUGCGGCUGUGCAGUGACAGGAGACAGGUCCUUGCUACCUACCCUGCCGAGAAGCUAGCCUUCAGCGCCUGUUGCCCCGACGACCGACGCUUCUUCGGACUGGUCACCAUGCAGGCCACCCAUGACGACGACGGUCACUAUGGCAAUGGUAACCGGGAGGAAGAGGGCGGGCUGAGGACUUCCUGUCACGUGUUCAUAGUCGACCCGGAACUCUGCCAUCACCAGUUCCAUGUGGGUGUGGCCAGGAGGUUUGGGUUUGAGUGUACUCCUGACCCUGACACAGGAGGGUGUCUGGAGUUCCCCCCUACCUCCCAGCCUCUGCUCCAGUUUGUGUCUGUCCUCUACCGGGACAUGGGGGAGAACAUUGAGGGGGUCCGGGCGCGGGCGUUCGUUGAUCCGGACAACGACCCACAGCAGAACCACAGCACCAGUAGCAACAGCGACAGCGGCAUCGGUAACUUCCUGCCAGAAGAGAAGAGUAACCGUGUCUUAUUGGUUGACCUGGGAGGCCAUAAUCACAACCCCGGUCCACGCCACUGGGACAGCCCUCCUCCUCCCUCGGCCCCGGGCUGGAACCAAGUCCCUCCCGGUGUCGUCCCUGGCCCCCCUCUCCCCCUCCUCCUCCCUCGAGGGCCCCACUCCUCCCACCCCUCACUCCACCACUACCCGCCAGGGAAGAGGGGAGGUAGAGGGGGAGGACCUGGAGGAGGAGGAGGAGUGGAGCAGAGCCUGGCCCAGCCCCAACACCAUCAGUCUCAACGCUGGUUACCAGUCCAUGUCCUAAGAGACUGGAGACAACCAGGCCAGGCAGGACAAACACAGGGACAAGGAGGGCUGUGUAGUGAUCAGGAGUCCUAUGCUGAGUCAACAGAUGGCUGGUCAUCAGCUAACUGUAGCACCCUCCCUCCACCCAUGAACAAGAUACCUGCGGAUCGCUACAGGGCUCCUCUACCAGCCGGGGACCUGCCCCUGCCUCCACAGCCUCCCAGGCUGGCCACGCAGAAGGAUGAGUGGGCUAAGAAGCUGUUUGGGCCUGGCGCCGCGGCUGGAGAGAAAGGACUCAGAGAGCCCAAGCAGAAUGGGAAGAGACGUGGAAAUGGGAAAGACGGGGAGAAAAAGGCUGGUCGGUUUAGAGGUCUGACUAAGGGCUUCCCUCCUCUACCUCAGCGCUCCUCAGGAAGGCGAUCCUUCGGCCGCUCCAAACGCAUCAGCCUGGCACGCUCACUGGAUGACCUGGAGUCUGCCGUGGUCUCUGAUGGAGAGCUGAACAGUGUAGACCUACAGGGCUGUGGUAGUGACAACAGUCUGAACAGUAAUGCCAGUCUACCCAGUGUCCAGUGCCAUCGACGUCACACAGAGAGACGGGUGGCCAGCUGGGCGGUCUGCUUUGAGAGACUGCUGCAGGACCCGGUCGGAGUCAGAUACUUCUCAGAGUUCCUGAAGAAGGAGUUUAGUGAGGAGAACAUUGUGUUCUGGCAGGCCUGUGAGUUCUUCAGCCAUGUCCCCGACAACGACAAGAAACAGUUAUCCCAGAGAGCUAGAGAGAUCUAUAACAGUUAUUUGUCCAGUAAGGCCACUACGCCGGUCAACAUUGACAGUCAGGCCCAGCUGGCAGACGAUAUUCUCAACGCUCCCAGACCAGACAUGUUUAAGGAACAACAACUACAGAUCUUCAACCUGAUGAAGUUUGACAGCUAUACUCGCUUCCUGAAGUCCCUCCUGUAUCAGGAAUGUAUGUUAGCUGAGGUGGAGGGGAGGCCUCUACCAGACCCCUACCAUAUACCCAGCUCUCCUACCUCCAAACACAGUACCGGGUCGGAUAGAUCCACACCCAAGAAGGAGGACAAGAAGACUAAGUCUGUCCGCUCUCUGAACGAAGAGAGAGAGAGGGAUGAGUGCGGAGGAGAGAAGAAGAAAGGGAUGUUCUUUUCCUGGUCACGGAAUCGGAGCUUCGGGAAAGGACCCAAGAAACGGGAUCUGGCCGACAUCAACUACAACUUCUCGGGCAGUAACGGGCGUCGGGAAUCACAAGGCUCUCUGUCAUCCGGAGCCAGUCUGGAACUGGGAACGUCCGGAUCUGGAAAGAACGAGGGUGGUUCUAUGGAGAGAGACAGAGAGCGAGGCGUUGACUCUUUAACCCUGAGACAGUGUAACAUCAACCUACCAGAUGGGACAUGUUGCUCUGUGCCGGUCAGAGCUGGGUUCUCCAUCAGAGAGCUGUUACUGGGUCUCUGUGAGAAACUCUGUAUCAACGUGGCAGCUGUAGACCUCUUCCUGGUGGGGGGGGAGAAGCCUCUGGUUCUGGAUCAGGACUGUAUGACUCUGUGCUCUCGGGACCUCAGACUAGAGAAACGGACUCUGUUCAGACUGGACUUGGUUCCUAUAAACAGGUCAGUGGGUCUGAAGGCUAAGCCCACUAAGCCGGUGACGGAGGUUCUGAGACCUGUAGUGGCCAAGUACGGCCUCCAGCUGAACGACCUGGUGGCCCGCAUCAGUGGGGAGAAGGAGCCUCUUGACCUGGGUCUCCCCAUCUCUAACCUGGAUGGACUGAGAGUGGUCCUGGAUGUAGCUGACAACACACCUGGGAAGGACAAACAGAUAGUGGCUCUGUCUAAAACCCAUGCCCCGGCCCCUACGACCAGGAACCAAUCAGCUACGGGGGAUGAGAGGGCGUCAGGGAAGCCCAGCGCGGUGCUCGGCAACGGGAACAAGCCCUCCUCCUCUGCCCGUGACGACCGCCACUUACCCAGCAGCCACCACAAGACGGCGGCGCCAAAUAAAGCCCCGCCCACUGAAAAGAGAAAGGAAAAGAUUAAUGUAGACGAAGCUGAAGAGCUCUUCCAGCUCAUAUCCAAAGCUCAGUGCAACAGAGCAGACGACCAGCGAGGUCUGUUAGACAAGACUGACCUGAUUCUCCCUGACUUCCUCCGCCUCAGCCCAUCGUCAUCACCCCUUCCUCCUCCUCUUCCUCCCGCCUGCUUCACCCAGCAUGGCCGCGGCGGUGGUAACCAUGACAAUAGUGACAACUACGGCUACAAGGAAAACAGACGUCACGGCAACAAGGAGAAUGAUGGUGGAGGCGGUGGCUCCGUCCCUUUGAACACCAGCAGCCAAUCGCAGAGCUUGGACUCCUCGCUCGGAACGGGAGGGGGAGGGGGAAGACGAGCGCUCCUCCCCCCUCCCACCUCAACAGCCCCUCCCCCGUUCCCCGGCACCCUGUCCACAGUCCACCCCCCCUCCCAGGGGCAGCACCACCUACGGGGUCUCCCCAGCCCAGACUGCAGGGGCGGGGAGUCAGUCCAGAGGUUACAAGAAGAACCUCUAGCUGACCUGACCCUGGUGGGAGAAGGGGACAUCAACAGUCCUAACUCCACUCUCUUAACCCCCCACCACUCCUCCUCCACUACCCAUAACCCACCACGCUUCUCCCAACACGACCUCCGCGGCUCGCCCUGCUCAGGCAAAGACAGGGACAGAGACCGAGACGGAGACAAGAGGAGAGAGAGGGACAGAGGAGGCACUUUCAAAUCUCACCAGAAGAGGGCGCCACCACCUCUCUCGAAACCCCCUUCUCGUGCUCCUCGCUCUCGUAAAUCCAAAUCGCCCUCGCGCCCCAACCGAGCCAGGCUAGAUGUGGAUCGGGUUGAAACCAACUCCACACCUGAAGGUUCCGGGAGGUUCCGGGACCUCCGAGAUUCCAAGCUGGGACAGAACUGUGAGGGCGUGGCCUCGGAACUCUGCCGUCGUGGUGGCAGGGUGAGGACGGGUGUGUACCAGACGUCAGAACUCACGUCAUUGGUCAGCGCUAAGAGCCAACCAGAGCAGAGACGGAUUGGCAGAAGCCAAUCGGCAGAGAGACGGGUCGGCAGGAGCCUAUCGGGAGAGAGACAAAGCGCGGCGGACAGAAGCAGGUUUAAGGCCACAUUUGUCUGAGCGUAGAGUUAGAUUCUGUAGAAUGGACGCUCCCUGGUCAAAGCCAUCCUUUAAUGUCAGGACCAGCAGAUAUUUUGGAGGCCUUGUCUACCAUUUGAAAUGUUGGCUUAUUAAUUGAUGCUCAUUACUAAGGUCGGGGUCCAUGGAAAUUAAAAUCAUGAAUUCAACCUAAUUUUUUCUAUUCCAGCCUCAUAAAUAUCUGUUGUUGCUAUAGAGACUGCUCAUGUGUACGAUAAAGCAAGUCUGUAUGGAUAUUGUGAUAUAGAAAACUCCUGUAACUGACUAUAGAUAUUGUGGUAUAGAAAAUGACUAUAGUUGACUACAGUGCCUUCAGAAAGCAUUCAUACCUGUUGACUUAUUCCACAUUUUGUUGUGUUACAGCCUGAAUUCAAGAUGGAUUCAAUUAAAAUAA